CAGCAGCAGCCCGCCCGGGUCGCCCCUUGUUAACGAGGAGGCGGCUCGGGCGCUCCAUUAUCCCGUGAAUCAUCCCGAGGCUGGGAAGGAAGGAAGGAAGAGCGGGGGGGAGACGCCGCGCACGGUCCAUGUCACUCCGCAGUCUCGCCCGCUCCACCUGGCGCCGCUGGUGACGAGGAUCUGGUGCCAUCGCCGCCCUCCCGGGGCUCCCCUGGAGCAGCCCGCGCUCCACAGGAUAUUCCCCGCUUCCCUCGGGAAGCGGCUGCCCUCCCGCCGGGCGCUCGGCUCGCCGCGACGUGGAGCUCGCUGCCCCCGAACGGUGUUCGCCUCCAGGAGCUGCCUUCUAUUUUCCCUUUUUUAUUAUUAUUUUUUUUAAGUUGUCCUGAGCCAUCAGAGUAACGUCAAGAUGUCCAGCAGCGUCCCAGCUGAUAUGAUAAAUUUGCGCCUCAUCUUGGUAAGCGGCAAGACGAAAGAGUUCCUCUUUUCCCCCAAUGACUCUGCUGCGGAUAUYGCCAAGCACGUGUACGACAACUGGCCCAUGGAUUGGGAAGAGGAGCAGGUCAGCAGUCCAAAUAUUUUGCGGCUUAUUUAUCAAGGGAGGUUUCUUCAUGGCAAUGUCACACUAGGAGCAUUAAAACUCCCCUUUGGUAAAACAACAGUGAUGCACUUGGUGGCUAGAGAGACGUUGCCAGAGCCAAACUCUCAAGGUCAAAGGAACCGUGAAAAAACUGGAGAAAGCAAUUGCUGUGUAAUCCUGUAAGCCCUGUUAGCUUUACCUGCUAGGUGUGAUGUAAUAUAGUCGUUGUCUUUCAUGCUGCUGGAAUAGAAGAGGCCCUACCUUGCUUCAAACACCUGUAGGAAGAGCCUGUCUGUAAAUCCAUGGAACUGAAAUAUUACAUGAACACUGUCACGUUAGUCUUUUUUCCUCUUCAAAAAAAGAGAAAGCUCUAUGAACAUUUUCAUUGAUUUUUUUUUUAAUUCCUGCUUUUUGUUUGUUAUAUCAUCUUACAGUACAUCGGUUCUUGACUGAAUUAAGUCUCCAGAAAAGUUAAUGCGUUAUUUUCCAUAGCAGGAAUUAUUUUGCUACAGCAAAAAGUCUCCAUUAACCGGAUCUAACCAGUGAAGCUUUCUAGAUGCAAUUUGCACUAAGUGUGGUUGACAGUACGUUUCUCAUCCACAACCUCUAACAAUAGUUCAGACACUUAGGAAUAACCUACAAUGUAUAAUGCAACACUGGAAAAGAGCAUAUCUGUAAUUAAAACAAAAUGUCAUGCCUAAACGGAAGGGAAAAAAAACUGCUCAAGUCAAUUCUACCUAAGUCAACCUUGGUGGCCGAACUGGCACAGCAUACUAACUAAACCAAGCCUAACUAGAAAUGUUUUAACUGCAGCAAACGCAACUAUGUGCCUGUAAUUUAAAAGCACUCUGUAGAGGGCUGAUGAAACCGACCUGCUUUCGUUACUACCGCGCGCACUCUCAUCUAGCUCGUGUGGGGAGUGCUUAUUCAGACAGCACAAGCAAGUGCAGAGAGUGCAUUUCCUAGCCUUAAUAUGGGAGGGGUAAUUUCCUGUAGUUCAUAGGCUUUUAUUACUGUGCAUAAAUGUUAGAAGUCAUCAUUUACUAAUCAGUUUUAUGUAUUUGAAUAUUGGCAAUUGGUGUUUUUUCGGUCAUUUUCUCAUCUGUACCUUAGUGUCCAGUGUCAUGCUUACUCAUUAGAGACUUCAAAAGGAUUAAAGUUUAAAAAGAAGAAAAAGCAAAACCUUCUGCCAUAGUUACUAGUUCUGUUUCUUUCUGUAAUCUGCAUUUGGUAUUAGUGCUUGCAAUUGUAUUAAAAUCAGAAGCUGAUUUUUUGAAGGCAUACAUAAUUAAAAAGGAUGCCAUUCUUUUAUUUCAUAUCAAUAAUUUAAAUGUUGAUAUGCUAAAGAAAUUUGCACAGCACUAAAGCAUGAGCUAGUUUCAUCUAAACCUGUAAAAAAUAUAAAAGAUUUUAUAUUUUUUCACUGGGGAGGAAUUCUUCCUGGCUGAAAUUACAAAUAUGUGUAGAAUAUAUUUAAUAAAAAUCUUAUAAAAUACAUAACUAUAGAAGUUAAAUAUAGAUUGGCGUGUAGUAUAAUAGAACAAUAUUCCAUAUAAAUAGCUUUAGCCUUUAAAAAAACAAUGAGUCACAGGUUGACAUUGUGUUCUUGUACUUAAGUGUCCACAACUCUUACAGAUGUUCAGUGUAAUCGUUUUUCGAAUGAUCAGCAUCAUUCAACUGUAAUCGGGUUAUUUUAUCCAUUGUUACUGCUUUGAUGAAAUGCUUUAUAUGCAGUAGAUUUACAAAAAUAUUGUUCAUACUGAUCAGAAUUAAAUUUGUAUAGAGCAGAGUUUUAAAACAAAUUGUAAAUAGCACUAAACAUUUUCUUUCUGCAACCUGUACUGAUAGACUCUUCUGUAAACUAAAUAAAAGAA